AUGGUGGCAAACAACUAUGUGUUUACAUGGAUUAUAAUGGAGACUGGUUUGAUAUAUCAUGUGACAAUAUGCUACCAUUCAUCUGCUAUAAUGACGGUAGAGUGAAUGACACACAGAGUUACAUAAGAAUCAGUGAUGGGAAAACCUGGUCAGAAGCUCAUAGAUACUGCAGAGAUCAUUACACAGAUCUCGUCAAUGUGAGAAAUAAGACUGAGAACCAGAGGAUCCUUGAGACAGCAGGUGGAGGAGUCUGGAUCGGUCUGUACAGAAACAGGAUUUGGUCUGAUCGUCAAAUAACCAGUUAUGAAAACUGGAGAGCAGCAGUUCCUACUUCAGCACAGCAACCAGAUAAUGGUUGAUAUGACUAUCGUCAGUGGUAUUUGCAGCAAUGUACUGCUGUAUCGUUCAGCCAUUCAGGUCGAUGGACUGAUGAGAAUUGCUUAUUCAGCAUGCCUUUCAUCUGCUACAAAAGAAUCUGCUCUGAAUCUUUAUGUACCCGUCAGUAUCACUUUGUGAAUGAGUCUAAGACCUGGACUGAAGCUCAGAGAUACUGCAGACAGAAUUACACUGAUCUGGCCACCAUUGAUAACAUGGAGGAAAUGAACAGACUAUAUAAAACAGUACGCGGCACUUACUAUGGCAAAGCUUGGAUUGGACUGUAUGAUGAUAUGAACAGCUGGAGAUGGUCACUGGAUAAUACAACAUUAGAUGGAGGAUUUAAAAGCUGGUAUGUUCAGCAACCAGUGGACGCGGGUGGACAGAGUCUGUGUGUGUACAUGUCAUAUCAUUGGGGAAUAUGGAGUGAAGCCUCUUGCUACUAUACGCUUCCAUUUGUUUGCUAUGAUGGAAGACCAAACGCUACUGAACGUUAUGUGGUUAUUUACUAUAACAAAAACUGGACUGAAGCUCAGAGUUACUGCAGAGAACAUCACACAGACCUCGUCAGUAUCAGGAAUGAGACUGAAAACCACAGGGUUCAGUCAUUAAUUUUUGAUUAUUACACUGUUUGGAUUGGACUGUACAGAACCAGAUCUUGGUCAGAUCAGAGCAACUCUUCAUUCAGUAACUGGAGGACAGGACAGCCAGAUAAUGCUGGAUACAGUGAAUACUGCACUGCAGUGUCAUUUAGAGACUCUGGGAGCUGGACAGAUGAAAACUGCAACACUGCAUUACCUUUCAUUUGCUACAGUGCAUUAGCAUCAUUCUGUCAGUAUCACUUUGUGAAUGAGUCUAAGACCUGGACUGAAGCUCAGAGAUACUGCAGACAGAAUUACACUGAUCUGGCCACCAUUGAGAACAUGGAGGAAAUGAACAGACUGAUUAACACAGUUAAUGGGAGUUACAAUGAUUCAGCCUGGAUUGGACUGUAUGAUGAUGUGAACAGCUGGAGAUGGUCACUGGAAGACAAUGAUUUCUAUCAGGAAGGAGAGAGAGAUUUCAGAAACUUCUAUCAUGAACCAAACAACUACGAUGGGAAUGAUCUGUGUGUUUACAUGAAUUAUGCUGGAGACUGGUUUGAUUCAUCCUGUGACAACUUCUUUACAUUUGUUUGCUAUGAUGGUACAGAAAACUCCUCUCAGAAGUAUGUCUGGGUAUCUGAGUAUACAACCUGGACUGGAGCUCAGAGCUACUGCAGAGAGAAAUACACAGACCUGGCCAGUGUGAGAAAUGAGACAGAGCAUCAACAGAUAAUAAAUGUUGCACAUUAUUACUAUUAUUAUGUAUGGAUUGGUCUGCACAGAAACAGACUGUGGUCAGAUCAGAGCAACUCUUCCUUCACACAUUGGCUGCCAUACACUCAAAGUGUUGAAGCACAGCCAGAUAAUGGUGCAAGUGUCCAAGCACUGAAUGGAGCUCAACAUUGCACAGCAGUGUCUUUACAAUACUUUGGUCAGUGGACAGAUGAGAGCUGCUUUGCCAGUUUGCCUUUCUUCUGUUACGGUGGUGAGAAAACAUACCUUCUGUAAUUAAAUCAAUCAAUCAAUCAAUCAUGUUACACACAAAGCAACCAAAUAGUUAAUUUGUAAUAUUAAUGUAAUUAAUAAGAUCAAUAAUCUUUUAUGCUCUGACUUCCACUGGCUUUCUGGUGGACAUCAUGAUCAUCAUACUGACCCACCAUUUCAGAUAACUAUGGUAGGUUUGUGUAGACAAGUGAUCUUUUCUUUCCAAUAUUAUUAUCUUAAUGCAUAUACUCACAAACCACUUUCUAUUUACACAGUAUUCUAUUUUGUUUUCUUUUUACUGAUCAGUGAUGGGACUGAGAGUGAAAAUUACAAGUGUGGAAUAUUUAUCAAUGACUCAGAUUGAAAAAAUGGUGAUUACACAGGUAAAAAAAAAAAAAAAAGACACAAUAUGAAACAAUCAUAAAAGAUUUACUAAUUAAUUAAUAGCAUUCAGAAAUAUCUCACAAACACAAAACAGAUCACAUUUCAGCUCCAGGAAGAAUUUAUCAGACAAGGACUUCCCAGAAACUUCACCAUGCAUCUGCGGAACUAUCGUAAAAUCAGUCCAUGAGAGACAAGGAAAGCAUUCCAGCACUCAAAAAAAAUUGUUUUUUAUAUUUUAUCAUGGUACUUCACUGUUUAAGAUUUUUGCAAUACUAUAAUAAAUCUGUUCUUCUGAUAUGACCGACUUUUAACAAAUAUAUACAGAUCUUGGUUUGAAACAAUCUAAUUUUUGUGGUAAUUAUCUUAUUGUUUAGAACUUCUAUGCCAUAAAGUGCUUCAAUUUGAAAAGACUUUCAAUAAUUUGUUUCAUCUAAUCUAGAAGAAUGUUUAAAAUAAGUUUUGUUUUACUCAUUUUUGUAUGUUUCUUGCCUGCAUGUUUAAACAACAAACUUAAGCUUUAUCUGGUUGUUUAUAUUGAAAAACCAAACAGUAACCACAGCUGAACUACUACUACACACAUACACAUACACACACACACACAAACACAUUCUUUAAAAAUCUUUUGAGUCUCUUUGAUUCAGAGGUAUUUGUACAAGCUUGAAUUCAGUUACUCAGUCAGGAUAACACAAAAAAGUCUGAUGAUUGAACAGUGCAGAUAUUAACAA